UUCAAAGAUAUGACGAGGAGCACUCUGGUCGAUAUCAUUGGCCCGAACGACAUAGGGAAGUGGAUAAGGAUCGUCAUACAGGAGGAAUGAGAGAGAGGGAUACUGAAAGGUGGUCCGAAGAUUGGAAUGAAACUAGAAGGUACCGUAGAAAAAGGGAGAAUGAUAGGGACCGGUGGUGUUGUCCAGAUUGGGAACAAGACUUAGGAGAUCCCUCUGUGGCACGCUACAGUGGAACUAGGUGGAGAGAUCGUAAGCACGAAGAAAGGUACUAUGCGCGGGAAUCCAAAGAGUCGCCCUGGGAAGAGGAUUACGCAAACGAUCCGGAGGAAUCGCAUUCGCGUUAUCUUAUGGCCAGCAAAAGGAACUGGAAGAGGCCAAGUAGUGCGUCGGAAAUGGACCGGAAGACAGGUGAGACUAAAUCUCGUAUCGGCCCAUACUAUACGGGCACAGGAGGGAGUGAUAGCGAGCGCGAUCGUCGAUACAAGACGGGCAGAAGGUCGAAAAGCCGAGACUCUCAAUUCGCAGAAUCUCAACCUCGGCAUAAAAUUGAUCCCAAUUUGACUCUGAGGGGACCUUAUCGUACAAAACAGUAUUUGCACCAAAAAUCUCCUUUAGAAAUGGAGUUUGCACACGAUUUUCCUCCCAAAAAAUUAGAACCUUCGAAAGGCGACCUGGGCAGUAAACGAUUCGUGAUGGUCGGCAACCGUAAAAAAACCAAAGAGAUUUCUAAGACUGAUCCAUUGCACACCUUUGUGCGAAAGGCUACAUUUGAAAAUAAUUUUACACCUUCAGAGACUGAAAGUCCCGUAUCUGCUAAUAUAAGUCCUAGAUUUACGUUUGAAAACGACUUUGAAACUUCCGAACCUGAAUCUUCAGUGGCUUCGAAACCAUCGAAAAGCUUACGCCAUCAAAACCUUUUCGAAAACACUCAAAGAACCAAACCACGAUUGAGGUACGACACGCGAAAAACAAAAUUUGAGGAGGAUACACGAAUUUCGCCUUCACGAAGUACUCAAAAGUCGCCGUUCGAAGAUGAUUUCUCGCCUCCUGUUGAAAAAUCCGAGGCGCAACUUCACAAAAAUCUAAGUAAAUCGAGUAUUAAAGAAGAAAUUGACGUAAAUGAGGAAGAUGAUUCCUUUUCUACAAAUAAUUUCGAUAAAAAUACCAUUAGAAAGAAAAUCUUGAAUAAAAAUAGACUUUCCAGCAGCUUUCACAUAGACUCAAACCUCAAAAAAUCCGAAUCUGUCAAUAUUUUUGCUAGGGAAAGCGAUCCAUUUGAUGACGAGUUUUUCUGCAGUAGAAAUAUGCACGAAUUGGAGGACGUAGAUAAAUCUCGAAAUCCUGAACAAAAGUGGACUGAGAAAUUUGAAGCGCUCGACUUCGAAGGUCGAAAAUAGGUAAUUUUCCAUUAUAAUGAUAUGCCGCGGGAAAAGUAGGUUUUUACAGCAUUAAGCAAAGCCGUUGUAUAUACACGUUAAUUAUUCCAGUGUUUAUUUCUUUUGUAAGAACCUAUUUUUGACGCAUUUAGGAUCUUUUAAUGUUAUUUAUUACUGAUAGGUAGGAAAACUUAAUACUCGAUUGUAAUUUGUUAUUUAUGUACCUAGUACGUUAUAUAUUUAUAUACAUUUUUUUAUUUUAAAUUACAUCCUAACACACGACCUAUUUUUAAAAU